AUGUCCUCCUUUCGGAGAUUUGCCCCGAUUUCCGCUCAGAGAUCGAUUCCUAGUGGCCCGAAACUCUCUGGGACAAAAUCAUGGCUCUAUGGGCAAAGUCUCAUUUCCACUGGAUGCAAAGAUUUGGACACUGCUCUCGGUUCCGGGAUUCCUUUGGGGUCCAUUGUUGUUUUAUCGGAGGAACUAUUCUGCUCUCAGAUGAGAACCUUCGAAAAGUUGUUUGUUUCGGAAGGUAUUCGCUCUAAGCAACGAGUUCUGAUCAUUUCUUCUCUUCCCAAAGAUGAGGUGGAUGAUUUUCUAACAAAGAUGCCUGCACUGAAAGAAGUUCCUGAGCCAACGAAAAAGGAAGCGCCAAAGUCUGCAUUCAGGAGUCUCGAGUCGUCGUCCUUGCAACCCAUCUUGCCCAAGUAUGCCAACGCUGUAGAUUCGGUUGAAUUUUGCCAUGGCUUCGAUUUGAGUAAAUGGGAGCAGGAUAUGUCAUUAUUUUCGUCUGUGGUGAUCGUUCAUGUGGAUAAUGACCCCGCUUUCUUCGUGAAGAAAGUGAUCUCAGCAGUCCAUUCGUUUGUCUCCCUCUGUUCGAAAGAAUCUGUUGUGGGUCGAAUUAUAUUGGAUGUUGCAGAGAUCCUCGGGCAGGACGAACGACUGCAAAUGGAGCUGUUUUCACGACUUCCCUCCCUUCUUCGCUCCAGCAACUGCGUUUUGCUGACACUCCUUUUGGGUGAGCUGAACGGAAUGAAAGCUCUCCGCUUCGCUAAUUGUAUCGUUCAUCUUCAGCCUUGGCAAGACAUCACGCCGCCGACCGAGUACAGAGACACAACGAGUCUGCUGCACGUUCUUCGGUUGCCAUCGCAGCUGUCUUUGUAUACGAAUCCGAAGAAUAUUUUCAUUUACGGAAUCAAGCGAACAACACACUCGCUACGACUAUCCGAACUGCGAAUCCCUCCGCAAGGUCAUUCAUUAGAGUUGUUUUAG